CGGGGCGCGUAGGUGGUGGGCGCAAGCGGAAGUCGGGGAUGCUGCUCCAGACCUUGCGUUCGGAGGCUGUCAUGCCCUCUUCACGCGGGAAUCCCAGCCGAAGACACUCCGCACACAAGAAACAACAUUGGAUAAUACGACGGCAGCGCCUACCCUGCCCUGCCCUGGUUCAUCGUGGCAUUCGCGACUGCAAUCUCUCUCUAAAGUAUCUAGUCCGUUAACCGAUAGCCUUGCACUCCGCCCAUCGUCGCAUUCCUAGCUUUCAAACUGUCUGAUUGACAGCCUCCAGCGCCGCUGGUUUCGCCAACCCUCCAGUCCUCCCUCGAAACCCGCCCGUAUUUCGGCGCCACUCUACACUGAUGCAAACAAAACCCGCAUGGUCCUUGUCGACGUCCUCACUGCCGACCGCUACCUCUCUUAGCCGCGUCUAUCCAUGGCUGUCCGCGAUGCCGUCGUCCCUACUCCGGUCUCUAGCCCGCCGGCGCCGGCCCUGCACGAGGGAAGCGCUAGUAACAUGUCAAGCCCUCUGAGCGAUGUCGAGGACAAGGAUGGCGACUCUGAUAUCAUGGAUCUCGAGUUGAUGCGCAAGAACCCUGGCGGCGACUACGGUGCCCAGGGAGACACGUCCACGAGCCUAGACCACGAAGAGAGCGGUCCCGACGACGGCGAUCAUGACGACGAUUCCAACUUGUCCGACGUCGACAUCAACGACUCAGAGGCCGAGACAGAGCGCCUGUAUGACAGUCCCGCCAAACAUAAAGCCUCCAGGAAUGGCUCACCUGUUCGCGUUGACCACGGGCGCGAUUUCCAGGCCAGUCCGAGCAAGCUAAAUCAACAAACGAGGGCUGCCGCAAGAGGCCGUGGUGGUGGCUCGGGCAACGGCACUGGGUCGUCUUCUGAAAAGGACCAGAGUGACAGCGAAUCCUCUGCGACCCCGGCGGCCCGUAAGCCUGUCCGGGAGGUUCCUGUUGCUAAAACGCCACCCAAGUCGAGGGAUGUGCGGCGUCGAGGUAGCCAGUCGUCAGACCGUGGAAAUGACCCCCUAGACUCGAACAAAAAUUCGACCUCGGACACUCGGAAGCGAAAACGGUCGCCCGCAACGGAAUGCGUUGAAGCCGACCAGCCAGUCAGAAAGCGCAUUGGCUCCGUGCCAAUAGCCACAGAUGGCGUCGACGAGACCACCACCAUUGCCAGUACUGCGGAUGACGCCGAUGCUACCCCAGUGGAUAUACAGAGUGGGGAGCACUCGGAAGAUGAGGUGCUUCCGAGUGGGCGCGCCUCCAAGCGCGAGGCAGUCAGCCCGACGAGAUCCAAGCGCAGCGUGGCCAGGAAGGAAAAGCAGACCCGCGGCGGCGAUGUUGGCGACCCUAACGGUGCUGAUAAUCCCCCCGGAUCCGGACGGGUCGAACAGGGCGCCGUACCUGGGGAGGAUGAACAUGCCGAGGUCGACGCAGAUGUUGACCACGAGGAGGCCGAUGUCGACGUGGACAACGAAGGCGAUGCCGACACCUCACAUAAAGACGAAGAAGAAUUGGGACGCAGGAAGGCAGCUCAAGAGUUCAUUCUCGAGCUAGAAAAGUCGUUCGCCGAUUUUCGAGACCAAUAUUACGAAGAGCGCAUCCGCCUCCUGAAUGAGGAAGAAGCAAUGCUCACGGCCGCGGAGCCAACGCACCCCGAGUACUUGGCUAUGAUGCAUAGCGUGGAUUCUCGUCGCGACGAUAAGCUUCGGAUCGUCGAGGCCGAAUAUAAGCUCAACCAAGAGUCACUCCAGCGGUGGGCUGUUGCCGGGAGAGCUCAGAUCAUGUCACAGUACUACCAGGACGUACGGAAAACCCGGGAGGAGGUCCUGGAAGAGCUGGGUGACGAGUGGUACCGGAUACAACAACAGCGGCGCUUCCAUGCGAACAACAUUGCCGAUUUCAGCCUGCGCUACCCGGAUGCCAGACCGAAAGCACUCAAGCAGGCCAUCGCCUACAACAAGGAGGUUUCUAUCUUGUCCGGCAUUGCCAAGCACCGUGGCUUCCCCGGAGCCCCUGAGAUUGCUGGCGCCAGCCUGGCCGAGAUCGAAGACGACCUUGAGGAGAUCUCUCAAGCACGGAGAGGUGUCCACCAUGCCGGCGCAGUCGCGGCCACUUUUCAAGACUAUGGUGCUAUUCCAAACGAGCGGAUUCUCGGCCCUGCAGGUGCUGAGUUCCUGAAGCAAACCCCUUGGGCGAAUCCGAGUCACCCGUCCCAUCAACAUCCUCGGCCACAAAGCAAGACCCCUGGAACCGCCCAAACAAACAGUCCAGCACUCGCGCCACAUCCUCACCGGCACCCUCACGCUUCGAGACGUCACGAGCACUCGGAUCAUCCGUCUAUCAUUGACGGAACCUCGCGGCUUUCCCCCCUGCCGCACAAACCAGGAUUAGUACUCGCUCCUGAGGCCAACGCGUGAUCGGCAGAUCAAAUAAGCCCUUGUCUUGCGAUUCAGGUGUUUUAUCUUCCCCUUGUGUUCUUCAUCACAUGUACUACAUCACCGCACUUUUAUGCCUUUCCUUUCCUCUUGCCGACUAUUACGUGUCUGGAUGGAUACCCAUAUUCCCGCAUCUCUGGCGGUCGUCCGGGACUUGAGCCCAGCGCUUUCUCUUCCUUGUCUUGGUUGUCUCCCAACCGUUCAUCUCGGUUACUAUCCCGACUUCAUAUAUGUGUUUACGUGAAGUGUCAACGGUUACAAGUUCGGUCAGCUUGCGAUACUACUCCGUACCGCGACUUCAUGCUCUGUAGAACAUGUCUUGGGGCUAUAGGUACGUAAAUAGAUAUGAGUGGGGAUGUGUCGUUUGCAACUUUGGCUUUUGUAAGUGAAAGAUACCACUGAGCCCCCUUGACCAGGGCUUCAAUGUGGGUAUAUACAUGGC